CUAUUUUUAAAUAUUUUAAUAGAUGUUCUCAGGUGGAUUUCGUGGUUUUCCUGGAGGCUUUCCAUUUGGUGGUAUGGGAGAAGAGGAAUCUUCGAAUAGUUAAGGAGAAGUAGACAACAAAACUUUAUAUGAACUGUUGGGAGUACCUCCUUAAAGCACUACAGAUGAUGUCAAAAAGGCGUUUCGUAAAAAGGCUGUAAAGGAGCAUCCAGAUAAAGGUGGUGAUCCUGAAAAAGUAUGGGAUAAUUCACAAAUAAUAGUUUAAAAAAUUGACUGAGGCUUAUGAAAUUCUUUCAAACCCAGAAAAAAAAGACCUCUACGAUCGUUUCGGUAUGGAAGGUGUUAAAAAUGGCGGAGGCGGUGGAGAUAUGGGAGAUAUCUUCAGCCAUUUCUUUGGUGGUGGCGGAGGAAGAAGAGAAUAAGGUCCUAAGAAAAUGAAAGCAAAAAUGAGAGAAUAAUAAGUCACACUUGAAGAAGUAUUUGAAGGAAAGAUGAUUCAUUUGACUCACAAAAGAAAGAGAGUUUGUGAAGGAUGUGAAGGAAAAGGAGGUGCAAAUGCAAAGCAAUGUACAACAUGCAAAGGAAGAGGAAUGGUGCAAAAAUUAUAGAUGAUUGGUCCAGGAAUGUAUUCCUAAUCUACAGGACCAUGCAAUGAUUGUGGUGGUGAUGGAACAAUAUUCCCAGAAAAGGAUAGAUGCAAGAAAUGCAAAGGAAAUAAAGUAAUAGACUAAGAAAAAGUUAUUGAAAUCCCAUUGGAAAGAGGUGUACCUGAUGAGCAUGAUUAUCAAUUUUACGGAGAAAGUGAUGAAGUGCCAGGAGUUAUGGCUGGAGAUCUUUAUGUUAGAAUCAAAAUAAAGAAACACGAUGUUUAUGAAAGGAAAGGUGCUGAUCUAUUUAUGAAUAAAAAGAUAACUUUAGUCGAAGCCUUGACAGGAACACAAUUUACAUUGAAAUUCUUAGACGGUACUAAUCUACACAUCUCUACUAAGCCUGGAGAAAUUAUUUCACCAGGUAAUUAAUGAGUCUAUUAUUUUAGCUCAAAUAAAGACAGUAAAAAAGAAGGGUAUGCCUUGUUACAAAGAUGCCAUGAGUGAAGGCGAUCUUCAUAUUAAAUUUGAAAUUGAGUUCCCAUUACCUGGAUAACUCAAAAACGAACAAGUAGAAUAAUUGAAGAAGGUAUUUUUUAAAGUUAUUUAAAGGUUUUACCAGGUCCUAAAUAAUAAGCAAAGCUUGAAGCUAAAAAAACUUUGUUUUUAGAAGAUUACGAUGAAGCUCAUGUAAAUUCAAACCCAGAGGGUGGUAAGAAGGAUGAGGAAGAUGAUGAUGAUGAAAGAGGACAUGGUGGGCAAAGAGUCUAAUGUGCUUAAUAAUGAUAUCAAUGUUAUAUGCAAAUUAUUAAUUAUAAUAAGG